AUGCACAAGGACAUAGCAGAAUGGACUCGUGCUUGUAUUCAGUGCCAGAGGUCUAAGAUGCACCGACAUACAGCUAGCCCACUGAAAAAGUCGUCCCUCUGGUUGAUAUUUCUGCAGACUAAGCGGCACGAGAGUUCUACUGAGCAUGGAUCUGUCGGUUUGGAGUUCCAGACUUCAUCACUACGGACCAAUAUAGACAGUUCGAAUCCGAACUCUUUACGUCUUACAAAAUUCCUGGGAAUCUACAAGAUUCGGACAUCACCCUACUAUUCGUCUUCUAAUGGACUGGUGGAAAGGUUCUACCGUUCCCUCAAACAGUCGUUACGCUGUCACAUUUCGACCCAUUGGGAUGAGGUGCUGCCUACAGUGCUUUUCGGACUCCGAACAGCUUACAAAGCUUACCUUGCUGCAACCGCUGCUGAAAUGGUAAACGGCUCAUCUUUACGUCUUCCAGGAGAGUUUUUCCAUCCCACGGAUUCCAACAUAGCCCUCAACCCUAACCAGUUUAUGCACAAGCUGAGAGACUGUCUGUUCUCUUUAAAGUCAUUGCCAACUACUGCCCGCAGCAAACGCAGUGUUUUCGCGCAGAAGUACUUGUGGACGUCCACCCAUAUGUUUCGUCGCAUUGACUCCCUGCGAAAGUCUUUGGAGCCAACUUAUUACGGUCCUUAUGAAGUGGUGUCUAGACAGGAAAAGACUUUUCGCAUUGAAAUUAACAGCAAAGAGUCAGUUGUGAAUAUCGAUCGGCUAAAACCUGUUUCCCUUUGGGUUCCAGAUACUACAUCAACCCCAUCGCCUCCAGUAAUUUAUCAGCUCCGGCAUCCUUGGAACAAUCUGAUAGUGCUCCAUCAAAACCCACAGAAGAGUUUUACACCACGCGAUCAGGGUGUCGUGUCCGGUUCCUUAAGUAUUUAUAAAGCGUAUCGUUGUCACUGGACUCCAGGAUCCAAUCUGCAAACAUCGCUCCAUUCUUUUGCAACUCCAUAUAAUCACCAAUAA